AUGGCAAUGCUGGCGGCCUCGCGUCGACUUUCAUGCCGGUUGAACACGGGCACACCUACACUGCUCGUUGGAAUUCUUCAGUCGGCAUAUGGCAGAUCAAUAUCGACUGCGUUCCGGGAGGAAAAAGACACGUUCGGGCCGAUACGGGUGCCGUCUGACAGGUUAGUGGAGGAGUGAAUUUUAUUGCUAAAGCCUUGGCAAGGCGAGUAGCGAAAUAACCGAGGAAAAAGAGGAAGAGAUUGCUCAUACUAUGACGAUAAAACUUUUAAACUGUCUGUGCGGGACUUUAAGUUACUACAUGCUUUGAUAAUGAUUGGCAAAAGCAACAUUAUGGUUAACAAAAAAUUAGAACCUGCUGGAGAGUUCCCUGAUGCUCAGAGGGCUUUACUGUUUUAAAGCUGAUCUGAUAUGAUGCAAUGGCCUAAUCAAACUAUCUAAAGAUCACUUUGUUGUGCACUCACAAAAAAACAAAAAUGCUUCUGCAGAAAAAUUGAGUUCGUUCUCGCGUCCCUGUAAAAUUCACAGAACUCCCCUCUGAUGAAAGUUAAUUCUGACGAAAGUAACAUUUGUACUAGUGCAAAUCUAUCUUUUUUCGAUAGAUAGAUAGAGACAGAGACAGAUAGAGAGAUAGAGAUAGAGAUAGAUAGAUAGAUAGAUAGAUAGAUAGAUGGAUAGAUGGAUGGAUAGAGAGAGAGAGCGAGCGAGAGAGAGAGAGAGAGAGAGAGAGAGAUUUGGCUGUGAGAAUAGCAUUCGUUGUUUGUCUUUCUUGACGAAAUAAAAUGCCUGCUGUAUUAGCCCUUGGAGUAUUUUAUAGUAAUAUUCCCACAUAAUAACAUAGAUUGCCCACCUUAAAGUGCGCUGGAAUCAUUCAAAUGGACUUUUAUUUAAUGUUUCUCUUCUGAAACUCUGGAUCAAACGUAAAUCUGCCAUUAACCUGUGGAGUAGAGUAAUGAAAACGGUUAGAAUUUUAAAUAUGUUGAAGCCAGUAUAAUCAUGCAUUGAAUAACAAUCAAAACGCUGGAUAAUUAUUGAUUAUUGUCUAAUGGCCAACCUGUUUGGUAGAUCCCGCGCAUGGCUUUAACUUCUGGAUGUUCUCUCUAUCAAAGAAUCAAACCAAUCUUGAAUUCUUCCUUUUGUGUAACAAGCCUUUAUCAGCAACAGUCACUUAUUUCAGGAAAACGCUUCUUGAAUUAAAUAAGUGACUUCCAGCUACCCAUGUCAUAUAUAUUCUUAGGUUGUGGGGUGCUCAAACUCAAAGGUCACUGCAGAAUUUUGAUAUUGGUGGUGAACGUGAGCAGAUGCCUGAGCCAAUCAUUCGUGCCUUUGGUAUUCUCAAGAAAUGUGCUGCAAAGGUUUGGUCAAUGCUGAAACUUCUGAAAUAUUUCAUACUUGAUGGUGUGUCCCGUUUUAUUUUUCAGCCUAUUAAUUGACCUUGUCAUAUGCAAGUUAUUAAGCUAGUGCUGAAAAGGUAAGCUAGAUCCGCACCAAUGUAGGUUUGCUGAUUGGUGAGAAAGUUGUCAUCAUAUGUGGCUUGUUAUUGUGUUAACAGUCCUUGAAACCCAUGGGUGAUGCAGAGCAUGAUUCUCUCUCCCUUUUUCUCCAUCAGGUCGUUAGUGACCAGGGUAGUCAUGCGGAUCCACUCAAUCCUUUUGGUGGGCAUCUUUGAGCAUUGGGGGAUCGUCUUGCCAAUGUGCUCCUCCAAGAUCCAGCAGAUGCCUUACAUCAGGGCAUCGUUGUAGUUGGUAGGGUCUACCAAGAGGAGCUUCAUCACUUGACCCUCCAACUGGCAGGGGACCUCGGCUUAAAUGUCCUCUCUGUCAAAGCAGAACCUGAAUUUUUUUUCUGAGUCGGCAUGCUCCAAUUGCCGAGGGCUCUCCUUCUUUCAUUAAAUUUUUCAAGGGAGUAGAUACACGGAGAUUCUGCAGUGGUCGAAGGGGUUUUGAACCAAUGAGGUGGUUAAUCUUCUGAGAACUUGGGUUAAAAAAAACUGUUGGCUUUGUGGUUUGCCAUUGUCAACUGUGGAAUGGUAGGAUAUGUGUGUGUGUGUGUGUGUGUGUGUGUGUGUGUGUGUGUGAGAGAGAGAGAGAGAGAGAGAGAGAGAGAGAGAGGCACAUGGCCUUGCAAAGAAAAGCAUGCUUUGUAAGGCAAUUGACCCGGCACAGUUCAAGAGAACAAAUUAAACCUUUGAGGCUGGCGCAUUAAUGGCAACUCAUAAAAAGAGGAAGAAGGAGAGUUGGCAGAGAGGAAGGUUUCUAUUUGCUACCCUAUAGCCAUUCAUAUCUUUAUUUCAAGCAACAUUGACAGGUUAAUAAGAAAAAUUAAGUUAUGCAUGCGUGCUUUCAUGUGUUUGAGAUUUUCAAUUGAUCCAUAAACGAGAACCUUAUUGCCUGCCUGCCUAGGAUCUUGUGAGGUUCUGAGCAAUUUUAUUGUCUAGUUCUUCUGUGUACAGUUCUGGGACAAAUUUAGAGUCACCACCGAAAGAGGGGGAAAAUGGAUUGAAGGGAACAGCUUCUUGUAAUAGAUUUGGAGGCUUGAUUAUAUGGGUCAUGGGGAGAAACAGCGUUCUUAGGAGUGGUUCUCCCAAAAGCAUAGAAAUUGACUUCAUCUUGAAAUUAUGAGGAUCCAUCUCUUAUUCAAGGUCAUAUCUAAGAUAUUAGUCCACAGCCCUUUUCUCAUUUUUGGACCCACCAAUCUUCACGUCCUUUUUUUCUGCUUUAUUUAUUUCCUGUUUAUUUUUAAUUAUGAUGAGUUACCUCCUUGUGCAUAUAUAAACUUAAAACGAUCCCUUUAUUUUGGAAUGUGUUCCAGAAUUAACCUGCUUAUGCUGAUCUAAAUGAUGACGUUUAAAAGAGCCAUCUCAACAUGGAUAUUUCUUACUAAAUAUUCUGAUAUAUCUCAUUUACUUUAGCAUUUUUUAUUCAUGAUUUGGCACAAACUUUCACAGGUGAACAUGGAGUAUGGCCUGGAUCCACAUAUUGGAAAAGCCAUAAUUGAAGCUGCUCAAGAAGUAGCAGAAGGAAAACUCAAUGAUCAUUUUCCGCUUGUUAUAUGGCAAACAGGUAGUGGGACACAGAGCAACAUGAAUGCCAAUGAGGUUAGUCGUAUGAAUUCCUUCAUAGGUUAUCUGAAUGAUAGGACAAUUUUAUUACUUGCAAAAAAAUAUUUAAUUAUUUCCUUUUCUUGGUAGAAUUAUAGUAAGACUUCCCUGUCUCAUCAAUUGAGGUUUCCAGGAUGCGUCAUUUUUUCCUCGUUGACUAAUAAGAUGCCUCUUGUGAUUAUUAUCUUGCUUGAGAAAUAUAUUCAUAUGCUACUGAAUCGGAUGAGUAAACAUUAUAAGGUUACUCUGGGUAUUUAUCAGUAAAGAUUUAAAUCUGGCACUUUUACUAUAGUCUUUUUAUGAAUACAUAUCUAACAGGAAGAAAGGAUAUUGUGACUUGUCGUGCUCUUUAUUUGUUAGUAUUGACAUGAUCCAUCUACUUUUUGUCUUCCUUCAAAACUUCCAUAUUUUAUGUAGGUUAUUGCCAAUAGGGCAGCUGAGAUUCUUGGGCACAAACGUGGUGACAAGUUUGUGCAUCCAAAUGAUCACGUCAACCGUUCACAGUCUUCAAAUGAUACAUUUCCUACGGUAGGUCUUGUAUUGCCCUAAUCUCUUCUCCUAAUUCUGUUUGAAAGGGCAGAUGAGAAGAGGCUGGUGUGUUGCUACUCAUGGAGAGCAUCAUGGGCCGCUCAUGAUGGCGCAGUAUAGUUGCUUGAUAACCAAUGGCAUUUUUUUGGCUUUGUGCAGGUAAUGCAUAUUGCAGCUGCAUUAGAGAUAGACAAGAUACUCAUCCCAGCUUUAUCAGGAUUACACUCUACCCUGCAUGGAAAGGUGGAUCAUCUUCAUCUUCCUCUAAUCAUAUUAAGAAUAUUAUUCCUUUCAUUAAGUGGUCCGAAAUUCAAGACCUCUGUUUCAUCUUUUCGCUCAUUCUAUGAGAGAGCGUCAAAAUGGUUUACCUGUAGGGCGUGAAGAUACACAAAGGCAGGUAGAUAAGAUCAAAUGAGUUCACAUGCAAGACGAAACUAAAUGAUUUCGUGACCAUUUUUUGUGUACUAUUAACGAUUUUCCACGCCAGUGGAUCUGGUUAAAUCUAACUUUUAUUUUUUUCAGUCACAUGAGUUCCAAGAGAUUAUCAAGAUAGGCCGCACACAUACGCAAGAUGCCACCCCCUUGACUCUUGGGCAAGAGUUUGGUGGCUAUUGCACACAGGUUUUUCUUUCCUAUUUCAUUUUGUUCGAUUGUUUUUUCAUAUCACUCCAUAACUGAGGCGUCACGGCCAAUGCAAUUGAUGAACUCAUACCCAAUGAUUCUAGGGCUUUUUGGCUGUAGGUCCAAUAUGGAAUAAGAAGAGUACUGGAUACUUUGCCUCGCUUAUAUCAGGUAAGUCUACAGUUUACUUAUAUACAUCGAAAACUCUAGGUCAGUACUUUGUUUUAAUUUGAUGCCUUUGUCUAUGAAACAGCUUGCCCAGGGUGGAACUGCUGUUGGAACUGGUUUGAACACUAAGAAAGGGUAUGAUUACAUUAAAUUCAUUUUACUACAGGUCUGUUAAUUUCCCUGGUCUAUGAUGCAUCCAGAUUUGGUUGUCUUGGCGUUCAUCCCUACUUGGAAGGCCACACAUAAAAUUCUAAUCUUUCUGAUCAAUAUAAGUUUAAUUAAAACCUAAUUUAUAACUUUCGAUUUGAAUGCAUUCUACUUUAUAAAAAUUGUUCCAUCUGCUACUAAUAAUACAUGAUCAUCAUUCACUUGUCAUUUUUCCCUACAUCUACCAAGACUUAAGUAACCUGGGUUUGGAGACUCGUGCAAUUGAACUCAUCUGACCUUAUGAUAUCAAUUGAAUCAUAAAUUUUGGAGAAGACCAGUAUAGUGAAUUCUGUUGUUCUUUCUUAGUUAUAUCAAAUCGUUGUCUUGUUUUGAUACAUUUUCUAUGAUGUCAGGUUUGAUGUCAAAAUUGCUGCUGCGGUGGCUGAGGAAACAGAACUACCAUUUGUCACAGCAGAAAACAAGUUUGAAGCAUUGGUUAGCUCUCUCUCUCUCUCUCUCUCUCUCUCUCUCCCCCCCCCCUCUUGUCCCUCUCUCUCUUCCUCUCUCUCUCUUCCUGCACGCACACACAUAUACUGUCUGAAAAAUGAAUCGUAACUCAUUGAAGCAUUUGUUGUUCUUUCUUCACGAUCUUCAGUACCUAUUACUCACAACAAUCGUUUUAUAUAUAGCAUAAAUCCUUGUUUAUCAUGUGACCUGUCCAGGCUGCACAUGACGCUUUCAUUGAAACUAGUGGAGCGUUGAAUACUGUCUCUGCUUCUUUAAUGAAGAUUGCGAAUGACAUACGGCUUCUAGGAAGGUACGUGUUUCUAAUUUGAAUGUGGUACCCAGGAAUUAGGAUCAGUUUAAACCUUACUUGAUUUUUUAUUUUAUUUUAGUGGUCCACGCUGUGGACUUGGUGAGCUUAUUCUCCCUGAAAAUGAGCCAGGCAGCAGUAUCAUGCCGGUAAGUUCAUUGUACUAGAUUUAGUAUGUAUUUCUUUUUCUUUUUAAGGUUCCAGCCCAUAGUUCUGAUACUUGACCUGUCAAUUUGAAGCUUUAUGAUUCUGGGUUCAUAGCCAUAGCAAUAAUUGCCGUAAAAUAUCUAUAGCUUUGUAGGAGGCAGUUGGAUUUUCUUCUAAUUUAUAUCUUUUUUCAGGGGAAAGUUAACCCAACGCAGUGUGAAGCUCUCACAAUGGUUUGUGCCCAGGUAAUAUUUAGUAUCCAUCUUCUGAGUCACAUGAAAGGUUUGGAGGCUCCAAAACGUUGCAACAAAUUCCUUGGAGUAAGGAGGAAAUUUAUGUAUUACUCAUAUCCGGUUGAUGAAUUCUAUCUUUCCUGCUUGUCAAAUAUUUGCAAACUUUCUAGGAGAAAGUAGGAAAUGAUGUGAUGUACGUGUAAUUGAGAACUCUGUAACUUGCAAUCAAGCAACAUUCACGAAGAAUGAUAUUUCAAAUUAAUAUUAUGUCUAAAUAGUAAUUCUAGUGGAGGGGUUUGGUUAAAAUCUCAGUCAGUGACCGACAUUGAAUUUCACAUCAAAGUCAUCUGAAAUAAAACUUGCAGCAGAUUCUCAACUUCUGAUUUAGGCCUUUUGAUGAACUGAUUAGAUCAAUUAGUGGGCAACACUGAUCUUAAUAAAAUAGUGAGAACUUGAUUCUCCAUGACUUAGAAAAAAUAUCAGGUGAUACGUUGCCCCCUUUCAAGGAAUUUCGUCAUUUUCCUGAAGGCAAACUAGUAGCUCUGGCACCUUGCUGCUGUGUUCCACAUGUCUACAAAUAGGAAACGCAUCUUCUAUGCAGAUGUGUGGAAGAAUUCUAUUUUCUCUCCAUUAGAUGACGUAUAUGCUUGGUAUCGGCGUAGUGUUAAGAGCUGCCGUCAUUUUCUACCUCUCUCUGCAUCUUGUGUAUGACUAGAAUGCAUACGACCAAAUUGGAGCCCUUGAGGAGGGGAGCUAAGAUUUCCUGGAGUAUGGCUCAGAAUACAUUAUCCUGGAAGAUACUGGUUCUCUCGUUUCCCUCUGCAUGAACGUUCUUCCAAAGUGGUCAACAAAUCUCCACUGCACGUGCAUCAAACAGAAAUGCCUGAUAUUUACCUCUUAUUUUCGUAAAUAUACUGAUAGAUUUGCAACCCGCAGGUCAUGGGUAAUCAUGUGGCGAUUACUAUUGGUGGAUCAAAUGGGCAUUUCGAACUGAAUGUCUACAAGCCACUCAUUGCGAGUAAUUUGAUCCGAGUAAGUUUUCUACUGAUUACAGAAGAUUGAACCGGUGCUGAAACCGUCAUUUUCUGCAGAAUAUCAUCCUCUUGGUUGCAUGUAUCCAUAUUGAUGCAUCUUUCGGUUUCCUGCAGUCAGUGAGGCUGCUUGGGGAUGCUUCAUCAUCCUUUGAGAAGAACUGUGUGCGUGGAAUUCAAGCUAAUUGUCAAAGGAUUUCAAAGUUGUUGAAUGAGGUAUAAUCUAGAGCAUUAUUGUUCAUUGUUCCCUUGUUCACUAUUUUCGGACUAAUUGAUUGGUCUCUUGUGCUUCACUCCUAAAUCCCCUCUCUCACAGUCCCUCAUGCUUGUGACAUCGUUGAACCCCGUAAGUUUCCGGAAAAUUUUGGUUCUCCUUGGCCUCCAGAUUGGUAUUUGUAUUAAAUCUCGCGACAAGCUCUUAUGACUGUUAAAUUACUGCAGAAAAUCGGCUACGACAAGGCUGCUGCGGUGGCUAAGAAAGCGCAUAAAGAGGGUACUACCCUGAAGGUACUCUCUCUCUCUAUCCUAGUUCAUACAUCUAUAAAGUUUGAAAGCUAAGCACGACGAGGUAGCCAAGGGAACGGUGCUGCUGUUCGUUUUAUCCAUUAAUUAAACUUAAAUCAUAUUUUUACUUUAAUUAAUUAUCAGUUAAAAAAUGCAUGGUUAAUGCAGCUCCUGGAAAAUCCAUGGAGCAAGUGUUCUACCUGUUAAAGGGAUUUUAGUAUAUGAUCCUCCCCUCAGUUAUGUCAUCUGUCUUCUAUAAAUCAUCAGUUUUGCUCACAUAUCCAUUUUACUCAAUCGAUCCUGUUUAGCCCUAUAAACCCAGAGAUGUAGAUAACGUGAUUAAUUUGAAAACCUUUCCGGAAAUGAUACUAGGAAUCCAAGUCAACCUUCCCUUUAAACCCGGAAGAACAAACCAUGAACAAUAACGAAAAUUUCCUGGUCCACUCCCCCCCUGGCGGAAAAAAAAAAGUUUAUGUGGGAUCUCUUCUGUGGUAUAACCCACCCAAUUAUUUAUUUAUUUUUCACAAAAUUUGUCUUUUAAUUGCAGGAUGCUGCUCUGGGCCUUGAAGUCCUCACUGCUCAAGAGUUCGACGAACUUGUGGUCCCAGAGAAGAUGAUCGGCCCCUCUGACUGA